AUGGCAGCAGGCGCCGCACCCCCUCCCGCCACCAACGGCACCCACCCUCCCACCAACCCCCUCGAACUCGCCAUCAGCCUCCCCCACACCCCUGGCACCCGCAUCCACCUCCGCCUCGAAGUCCUCGCCGCAAGCCUCAUGCUCUUCCUCACCAGCGCCAGCGCGGAAGGCGCAUCAAGCAGUGCCGCGCUCGGGAGUUUCGUGUAUGCUAUGCCUGAUCAUGCUGAUGUGAAGUAG